AAGCUUUACUGAUUCAUCUUUCUAGCCCCUCCACACUUUCCAGUUUCCAUACAUAUUCUUCUUCUUCUAAUUACCUUUAGCUUUACGUCAAGAACCAAUCUAAAUCCAAAAGCCUGCCCCUUUCUUUCAAUUCCCAAGAAAAUUAAAAUAACCCGGAAAGAUGUUCAAAUCCUCAAGAUGGAAGAGUGACAAACACAAGAUCAAAGCUGUUUUUGAGCUACAAUUUCAAGCAACUCAGGUGCCAAAAUUAAAGGGCAAAAAGAAAGUGAUGAUAUCUGUAGUGCCAGAAAGUGUUGGAAAGCCAACAAUAAAAUUACCCAAAACUUCAAUUCUUGAUGGUACUUGUUUGUGGGAAAAUCCUGUCUAUGAAACUAUGAAGUUGAUCAAAGAUUCAAGUACUGGGAUCUAUAAAGAGAAUGUCUAUCAUUUUAUUGUCUCUACAGGUUCUUCAAAAUCGGGUUAUUUAGGAGAGGCUUCACUUGAUUUCGCGGAAUUUGCAGAGGCUACACAGCCAUUGCUGGUUUCUCUGCCUCUUAGUUUUACUGAUUCGGGUGCUUGUUUGAAUGUUGGCAUUCGGAAGAUGCAGGAAAAUGAUGAUAAGAGUUCAAAAGAGGGGGGACAAAUUGAAGAUCCAAAAAACUUGAAAAGUCAACUGGUUGAUCCAUUUGAAGACAGCGGCCUUGAUUUCCUCGAAGAUGAUGAUCUAAAAACAUCUCCUGAAACUGAAAGGAGUGUCAGCUUCAGUGAUCAUCGAUCUGACAAGGCAGAGAAUGCUGGGAACUCUAUGCCUGUGAGAUGGAAUUCUUUGCCACCAAAGAAGACCGAAAAUGAGGUGCCUAGAGAUAAACAAGCACAUCAGCCAUUCAACACUGAUUGGUCAGUAGGUUCAGCUUCCGAUGGAAGUUUGGCGGAAUUUACAAGCAGCCCAGCAGAAACUUUUACUAGAGACAGGUCGCUAAAUGCACCAAAGGAUUCCAUUGAAUGGUUGAAAAAUGAGGUCCAUAUGUUGGAAAGACAGGCUGAGUUGUCGGAACUGGAACUGCAAUCUCUUAGGAAACAAAUUGCGAAGGAAGGGAAAAAGGGCCAGGACUUGUCAGUGCAAGUUGUUGGUCUUAAAGAGGAGAAUGUUGCACUUAAAAAACAAUGUGAACAGCUCAAGUCAUCCAAGGGAGAAGUAGAGACUAAAGAUAUUUGGGAUCAGCCUGAAGAUAUGAUGCAACGGCUUAGACGCGAAAAGGACUUGAACAAAAAACUGCGCUCACAACUUUAUGAGACUGAAGACUCAAACUCGGAACUGAUUCUUGUGGUGAAUGACCUUAACCAAAAGCUGGAACAAAAGAGUGCGGAAGUUUUACAACUUUCCAACAAAGUUAAGGCUAUGCAGAAUGUCAAACAAGAUACUUCAGAAACUUCCACUUCUGAUACAGAUCUGGAAACAGAUGAGCAAGCACGAAGACAUACCAGUAAUGGGGAUAAUAAAGCCAAGGAAGAGCUGUUGAAGCAAAUUACCGACCUAUGUGGGGAAAUUGAAGUGUACAAGAAAGAUAAAGAUGAACUAAAUUUGCAUAUGGAAGCUCUUGCUUUGGACUAUGAUACCAUAAAGCAGGAAAAGCAAGAUAUUUUAACAACGCUGGAGCAAAGUCAGAUAUUGCAGACCAAGAUUCAAAGUGAAUAUUCAGAAUCUUUGGCUAUCAUAGAAGACUUUAAAGCACAGAUGGAUAUUCUUGAGAAAAAAAUCAAUAAGCAGGACACUGAAUUCUCGAAAUCCCUGGAUACGAUAGAAGAACUUGAGUUCAUGGUGAAGAAUCUAGAGGAACAGCUGGAGAAACAAGCACGAGAGUUCGAAGAUGAUCUUGAAGCUGUGACUCAAGCCAAGGCUAAGCUGGAGCAGCGAACCAUUCGAGCGGAAGAGGCCUUGAGAAAAACAAGGUGGAGUAAUGCUAGCACUACCGAGCGCCUUCAAGAAGAAUUCAAAAAGCUUUCCCUCGAUUUGACAUCCAAAAUAGAUGAAAAUGAGAAAAUCUCCAAGAGAACUGCUGCUGAAGCUGAUGAUUUGCGUUUGCAGAAAAGUGUACUGGAGCAGAUGCUCCAAAAAGCUGAGGGAGAUCUUGCCCUGUUGAAAGAUCAGUAUGAAGGAAAGGUGCAUGAACUUUCAAAUGAAAUUAAUCUGCAAACAAAGCAAAUUGAGAAAAUGUCACGACAACUUGAAGCCAAGAACAAUGAAUUAGCUAGUAUUCAGAAGCAUGAGUCAACUCAAGAAAUGUUGAGCAAGCAAAGAGACAAACUAGAGAAGGAACUUGCUUUAUCGGCGAAGGCAGUUGACUUACUGAAAGAGGAAGUCACAACCCUUAAAACAUUAAAAGAUGAGAAAGGAAUAUUAGUUGGGUCCCUGCAGUCUGAAAUGGAAAAUCAUAUCAUUCAGUAUAAUGAGUUAAAGCAUUGCAUGCUUCAGAUCGACUUGGAGAAAGAAAGUUUAAGAAAACAAGUUUCUGAAUUAGAGGGUCAACUUAAGAAGAAGGAAGAGGUUAUCAGCAGCUUGGACAAAAAAAUACAGAGUAACAGUGAGCAUAUUGCUACAAAAGGAAGGACUUCCAAAGGUGCAAUACCAGACAAAGUUAAAUCUCAUGAGGAGAAUAGACACGCUAUGCAAACAAGACCUUCAGUGACCAGGCAAUCUGAAACUGUGAAAAGUGGCACUAAAAAACUAUCCGAUAAAAAGUCCAAUCGUGAUGCAAGUGAUGAUAGUUCUAAUCAAACCUUAUCCAGUGAAGUUGCAUUACUCAAUGAGAAAAAUAAACAUAUGGAAGAAGAACUGAAAGAAAUGCAAGACAAAUACUCAGAGAUUAGUCUCAGAUUUGCAGAGGUAGAAGGUGAAAGGCAACAACUUGUUAUGUCGCUUCGUAAUCUCAAGAAUGGAAAGAAGUCAUAGAAGUGUUGCAACACAUUUGGGUGCCUGGAAGUAUAAUCUUAAAAUUUUGUUGGGUGAUGUCAGGUAAAGAGUAUGCUAUACUGGAAUUUGUUUUGCAGAAUGAAUGCCACAUAAAUUUGCAAUGUUGGCCAUUAUUUGCAAUGCUACCGUGAUAAUAAUUAAGAUCAAGCACCUAAAUUAAAACAGAUUGUUGUAUGUUCACUACUUCGCAAGUUAACAAGUCUGCAUAUAGAGGCGGAGAGGGGGAUUCUACUAUUUGUUUGUAUAUAAGCUAAGAAUUUGAACGUUUGCAGCUAUAAAUCAUUUUUAAAGCCA